UUUUUUUUUUUUUUUUGCAGGAAGAAACUGCACCUUCUUCAGCCGAAACUUCAUCUGAAUACAGUCACCUGUACACGCUGAAACUCAAAUAUUACAGUAGGUGGUUUUAAGUUAUCACGGAUUGUUUAAAAGUGCGUUAAAGGGAUUUUUUUUAAAACGCCAACACUGAGGGUGCAAUUACUCAACACUUGCAACAUGGCUGCUGCAGGAACUGGAGUUGGAAAAGUUUGACACUGACGUGGGAGAAGUUUUGUGCGAAUGAUCGUCGGUGCAUGACUUGUUGUUGGACAGAUAGUAAAGUCGUCAGCAGUCUCCCCCGGCCUGGCAGCGCCUUCCUCGGACUACAAACCAGCAGAUAAAGAGCCGCCUCCUCCUCCUCCUCCUCCUCCUCCUCCUCCGUAGUCACCGCCGACAGUCACUGCAGUGGACUUUGUGGUGAAACUGUGGUGUCCUUCCUCUCCAUCGUAACGCUGCUGUGGCGUUUGAGGACUUUGGUCGUCAGACACCCAGAGAAAAAUGCAUUUUUCCAUCCCCGAAACGGAGGUCCGUUCGGGAGAAAAUGGAUCAACCUAUGUGGCCUACAACAUCCACGUCAACGGUGUGCUGCACUGUCGGGUACGCUACAGUCAACUUCUUGGCCUCCAUGAACAGAUAAAGAAAGAAUAUGGCAGCAAUGUGGUGCCUGCAUUCCCUCCAAAGAAGAUCUUCACUUUGACUCCUGCUGAGGUCGAACAGAGACGAGAACAGCUGGAGAAAUACAUGCAGGCUGUGCGUCAGGAUCCUUUGCUUGGAGCCAGUGAGAUGUUCAACAGCUUCUUAAGGAAAGCACAGCAGGAGACGCAGCAGAUUCCCACAGAGGAUGUCGCUCUAGACAUCUGCCUCUCCAACGGUCAGAAGGUUACAGUCAACAUUCUGACUUCAGAUCAGACGGAGGACGUCCUUGAUGCUGUUGCAACAAAGCUCGACCUUCCAGACGACCUUGUUGGCUACUUCAGUCUCUUCCUCGUCCGUGAAGGUGUGGAUGGAGGUCUAACAUUUGUGAGGAAGCUGCAGGAGUUUGAGCUGCCUUAUGUAUCUAUAACCAGCUUGCGGAGCUCUGAAUUUCACAUAAUCCUACGGAAAAGCUACUGGGACAUGGCGUACGACGGUGAUGUCAUGGACAACAGAGUGGGCCUGAAUUUGCUAUACGCCCAGACAGUGUCUGACAUUGAGCGAGGCUGGAUACUCGUCAACAAAGAACAGCACAGGCAGCUCAAGUCACUGCAGGAGAAAGGCUCCAAGAAAGAAUUCAUCCAUCUGGGUCAGACUCUCAAAUAUUACGGCUAUAUCAAGUUUGACCCUUGUAUCACCGACUUCCCCGAGAAGGGCUGCCAGGUCAUCGUCAGUGCCGGCAACAACGAGCUCAACUUCCACGUGAAGCUGCCCAAUGAACAGAUGAAGGAGGGGAGCUUCAAGGUCACACGCAUGCGGUGUUGGCGAGUCACGUCCUCCCAAGUCCCGGUAGCCAACGGCACCACCAAUCCCUGCAGCGCCUCCAAAUGUGACGUCAAACUGGAGCUGGCCUUCGAGUAUCUGAUGAGCAAGGACCGCCUCCAGUGGGUCACCAUCACCAGUCAACAGGCUAUCAUGAUGAGCAUCUGCCUUCAGUCGAUGGUGGACGAAUUAAUGGUGAAGAAGUCAGGCGGCAGCAUUAAGAAGAUGCUGAGGAAACGACACAGCGGCUCCAUCCACCGGUCAGACAGUCAGCAAGCUGUGAAAUCUCCCCCUCUACUGGACUCCCCUGACCCGAACCGUGAACAAAUCGUCAAACUCUCAACCAAGCUGAGCUCGGUGUCCCUCCGAGGGAUCAGCGCCUCCAACUCGGCAAACGACAUCAGCGGCAAUGAUUUCCAUGGCAACUAUGCUUUCGAGGGAAUCGGGGAUGACGACCUGUAACCCCUGAUCCGCCCCACUUCCCAUCUUCAUCCAACCGUCAGCGACUGGGACGACAAAGAUUACAAGCUGAGCUGAGCCGAGCCGAGCCGAGCGGGCCACACACGCCUCCUCCGAUUCUGCAAGAUUGUAGCCUCUUCCUGGAGAAACCGCUGCCUUAAGCUCUCGUUUAAUCUUUGACCGUGUCCUUUCUGUUAGACUCUGAAAGCCCAUCUUGAUUUAUAUUUCAGUUACGAUCAUCAUAUUCAUAUAAAAAACAACUUUGUCCUUAUGUUAUUAAACUUGUGGCAACGUACAGUCAAUAGCAUGUAAAGCUACAGGUACGCAAAUAGGGACGCUUUAUAGUUUGUUACUGGUGAAUUCAGUUUCACUCACACAAGGAUUGCCGUUUCAUCCACAGUAUAUGUGAGGUUCUGUCAUGCAGUUCGAUACAUGAGGUACAAAGUAAAUUAAUAUAUAUUAUAAACUACAUGUAGAAAACUUGCGAGAUCCUGAAUUCUGGCUGCAUAUUACCCCACCAACGCGAGAGCCAAAUGUUUAUUAGACCCGGCACUAGUGAUAAUACAGCAGAACCGGACAUGGACAGUCCUCAUAACGACCCAGAGUCCAGUGAAUGUGUUGAAAUUGAUCUCAAAAACUGUAGACUAUUCAGAGCAACUGCUUACUUAUAUGGAUGAUCAAUGUUUGGCUUGGCUAUAUACCAAAAUGGCAUGUUUUUUUUUAUACUGUUAGUGAUCCUCUGUGUGUCAUGCUACUCAUGUGCCAAGUCAGAAAAUAUACUAGCAGGAUACCAGCGGCGUUUUCAGCUUACGUUUUUUGGCACAGUCACUCAUACUGCCUUCAGAAAUAGUCUGAUGCCUUAACUUUUCCUUUUUUUCAGCUCGUGAGUUAAGUGGUCAUUUAACAAGACAUUGGUUGAAGCUUCAAAUAAAGGGUAGUGUCGGCCGGUGAUACCUAGAAUCUUGCAGAACUUGAUAGAUGGUCGUUUUGGCCGAGCUGCUUGCACUUGCUGAAGCCAUCACUUUUGCACAGUAUUACAGGUGGAGAUGAACGUUUGAGUGGAAGCGUCGGCUUCAAACAUUGUGUGGAGAUACAUUUUCUUCCAUGGGGCUCUGUUAAUCCAUCAAUGAUUUCUUUUUUUUUUUUUUUUAAACCAUUUUUUAAAAAGGUUUCUCAUAAAUGCCAAAUUAUAGUUUACUAAAGCAUUUUGCACAAAAUAAACAUAAAAAAUUAUGACAAUGUCACUUUUUAUAUUAUGUACAUGCAAUUAAGUAUUCUGAACAUUUACUAAUAUCUUUAUCACCAAUAGCUUAUUGUAAUCAAAUAGAUCAAAUGUAAUCUAAGCUGUAUAGGACAAAAAGUUUAAAUGGACUAACGCAUCAUUGUUUACAUAAUGUUUAGGGGACUUUAUUAGAUUCAAUGUAAAGUGUUUACAAAUUUUGCAUCUGAUUUUCUUCAUCUUCAUCGUGUUGUUGGGAUCAUUCUUUGGCUUCAGUUCAUUGUAAUUUGUAUGUACAUUGUGCCAAUCAUCUCAGAGGAUUUAGUUGAAAAGGUGCUUUGGUGAAGUGGCUCAUGUGAUCUCAAUUGCUGGAUCGAACAAAGUUUAUGAGGAGCGGGCAACAAAAUGACCAUAUCCCACUGUUUUAUAAGACACGUCAUUCCAUUUUUUACUGGCGUGCUGUCUGUCGCGCUGCAUCUUGGCGCGUUUCGAAGCCUUUAAAUGUAAAUCGAUGCCAACCGAUCAACAGCUUUACUCUCACUGGUAGCCAGAACUGUAGAAAACAAAAUGUUCUCAAUAUACUAAAUGUCUUCUUUCACUGCUGUGCUUCUUCUCUGUUUUCAGUUGCAUUUACAGUAGAGGGAAUGUGGACACCACUAUUCGUUUUUAUUUUCAUUAUUCAAUACCAUGCAAGGUCCUGGAUGUUAAUAAAUGUGUAGGUGCCAAAUUUAAGUGGAUUCAUCAUCAGCAUCACUUUUCCAGAAAAAUGUCAAAUUUCAUGAUUGUAUUGUCUUUAUUCAUUCCACGUUUCAUUUUGAUUUUAGUGGUAAGGUCAGCGACAAAUGUCAUGAUGCUAAAAUAAAUACGAUUUAGGUGA